AUGAACAUACGUCUUCCUGUUUCACAUUACAUUAUUUUUCAGUACGGAAGAAGUCCUGAGCCAAGAAACGAUGAGGAUGUGAAGCUUCUCAAACAUGAGCUUCCUGCAGAAGCCAAAGUGGAUGAAAAACUACUGAAAAUGUUCAGCUACCAGGCUUCUGGUAAUCUUGUAUCCAUCGCAUCGAUUGUUGGUGGAAUUGCGGCCCAGGAAGCAAUGAAAGCAAUCACGCAUCAUAUGACACCGCUCAGGCAGUUCGUCUACAUCGAUUGCUUGGAAGCGUUGCCGGGUGAUUGGUCGCCGUAUGAUAACGAGAAGCUUACUGCCAACGAUUGCAAAAUGAAAAACAAUCGUUACGACGGGCAGGUUGCUGUAUUUGGACAAGCAUUCCAGGAUGCGCUUGCAAAACAUAAUUUCUUCAUAGUUGGUGCAGGUGCUAUUGGAUGUGAAUUACUGAAGAAUUUAGCAAUGAUGGGUGUGGGUUGU